AUGACUUUUUUUUGUCCUUUCUUUCUUUUGCAGAGGUCAGAGGGAAUACAACUAGAACUUUACGAAGAUUCGAUUGAUGACAUGUUCUCCAAUUGUAAAGAAGAGAUGAGGAAAAUGCUCUCGGCCAAGUUCUCUUACAAACUGGAAGAAAAAGGAUAUGAGACUCAUUGUGUCGACGAAAAAAGCAAAAUAGAAAAGAUUGAUGAUAUUCUGACCCAGGAGGAACUGCAAGCAAUUCGUGUCUACACAGAACAUACAAACGCAGUAUAUAAAAUAUUUAACCCUGCAGUCAGGACAGGUAAAAAUGAAUAUGGUAAAAAUAUAUGUCAGUUCCACAAAUUAUAUUUCUUGCUUGUAUCUUCUGUACAGAAAUUAAAAAUAGCAGACAAAGAAAAGUGCUAUACUACUUACAAACGAUACUCCAGUGAAGUUAAAUUUAAAUCAGAUAAAAUAAGACUUGGUAGCUUUGCAUCCAGCUCUCUGACACCUGACCAGAAAGAUUAUGGUAAAAAGUCCUGCCUUAAAAUCAAAACGUGUCAUGGUGCUGACAUAGAAAAAUAUUCAGCUUAUCCUGAAGAGAAAGAAGUGCUUAUACCACCCUAUGAGAUGUUCGAGCUUACAAAAAAUAAUGAUGUUAAAGAACUAAAGGACUGUGAAACUACAUUUGUCUUGGAGAGUAUUGGCACUAAGAGCAACCUGGAUUGCAAAUUAGUUAAAAAGUGA